GUGAUUUUUCAUUAAUUCGUUUAAAGUAAGCAGCCUUCUACGUGAGUGUCGGUGUUGUGAUACAUAUUUAAAAAGCAAGUCGAAGUGAAGCGAUUCAAACUUUCUCUGUUGAUUGUUAUCGCUUGAUCCAAGAAGAUUUGGAACAGAUCAAGAAUCAGCGUACGCCACGUGCAAGUUCAGAGUAAAUCGCCCCCAGUCAACAACAAAGUAGCAAAAUCCCACCCGCAGGCAAUCGUGAGUUUAAAGAAGCCCAAGUUGAGGUUGUUCAGCCCGGCUCAACGAUCGACGUCAACAGGACGUAUCAACAAACCCCCCAACAAGGAGGGUGGGUGCAGUGGUGCAGUGGUUGCCGGAGGGCCAGCGAGCUUGGGGUGGCCUCGUCCACAGGCGCCUUGGCACCGAGCGCACCGGGCCCCGGGGCUGCGGUGGUGGGUUGCCUGGUUGGGGUGUACCCGUGUUCUCCCUCCUCCACGGGGCCCAGGGGCCCCCUAACUCAUCAUCUCCAGGCUAUCCCGAAUCAGCAACAGUCGAUCGGCUGCCGUGCCUGUUGCUGCGUGCAUAGCAAUCACCAACCAACUUCGGUCCAGCUUACCAGCCAGCGGGGCGGUCUAUCGCUGAGGGUAGCGAGGGUGGCGUCCACCACCUCCGUCCGAGCCGCCCCCUACGCCCACCCCCAGCACCAGGGGCUGGGGCAGGAGUGCAGGUGUAGGGAGGAGACGGGGGCAUUGGGUGGAGGUGGUGCGCACAUCCUCGGCAGCCCGAUGCUGUUCGUCCCGUUCACGGUACCCACCUUCCCUGCGACGCAUCAUCAGACGACUCAUCCUGCGCACCAGUCGCAUCAUCAACAGCUGCAGGCCAACACCCAGAAUCCGGUGCAGCAACCGCAGCAGCUCACCCAGUUGAAUCAGCUGAGCCAUCUGAAUCAUCAGGGCAUCGUGCCGGCGACAACCAAUCAGCCGACUAUACACAGCACCAGCUGUUCGCCGCAGCAACAAGCAACGACACCGAAUAAGGAAAUGAAAGUUAAUUGGGCGACGUCGCCGGGUAACCAACCAAAACAGGACACGAGCAAACAUUAUCACAUAUUUGUUGGAGACCUGAGCCCGGAAAUCGAGACACAUACCUUAAGGGAAGCUUUCUCAGCCUUCGGAGAGAUCUCAGAUUGUAGAGUUGUCAGAGAUCCCCAAACUUUAAAAUCCAAGGGAUAUGGAUUUGUUUCGUUCGUCAAAAAAGCGGAAGCAGAAAGUGCGAUCGGCAACAUGAAUGGCCAAUGGCUAGGUGGCAGAAGUAUUCGGACAAAUUGGGCCACUCGCAAACCUCCCGCACCUAAAUCUGAAGCGAAUGCAAAGCCGUUGACGUUCGAUGAAGUUUACAAUCAAAGUAGUCCGACCAACUGCACGGUAUACUGCGGCGGUUUGACCAAUGGUUUAACAGAAGAACUUAUGCAGAAAACUUUCUCACCCUUCGGAUCCAUCCAAGAAAUUCGAGUAUUUAAGGACAAAGGUUAUGCUUUUAUCAGGUUUUCUACCAAGGAGUCGGCUACGCACGCCAUCGUAGCGGUACACAACACAGACAUCAACGGCCAAACAGUGAAGUGCAGUUGGGGCAAGGAGAGUGGAGAUCCUAAUAAUGCUCAACAAACUGGACAGGUAAACGCUUCUCUAUCUUUUCCUUUUAUCCGCUCUACCAAGAGGACGACAAUGUUCUUGCUCUUUUCUAUUUCAUUCGCGGGUGUCGGAGGCGUCGGUGGCGUCGGCGGUGCUGGACAACUAGGAUACUGGUAUCCGCCCCAAUCUUAUCCCACGACAGCGACACAAAUGCAAGCUGGUGGCUUUCUUCAAGGCAUGCAGGGAUAUACCUAUGGACAGUUCGCCGGAUAUCAACAGGCGCAAUAUAUGGGAAUGGGAAUGGGUGCUGUUCAUGCUGCUGGCACAGCGGCAGGAUGGGGUCAGGGAUUACCUGGGGGACCACAGUUACCACCACACCACGCCACGACGGUCACGGCACCCCCAGGGGUGCAAGCCGCACCCCCACCACCACCACCACCGGCACAAAUGAUGGCCUACCCGAUGCAACAGUUCCAGUAUUUUCAACAUAUAUGUCACUAUUAUAUCACAAUAGAAAACAAAAUUCAUAAAUUUACGGAAAUGGAGGGUAAAUCGGCUCGAGGUUAA